AUGUCUUCCCCUCCCACAUCCAAGCGGAUCAAAACUUCGGCGUCUACAGGCGCUCCGUCGCAUCUGCUUGCCCAACAACAACAAAUCAAUCCUUUCCAACGGGUGCCGACGUUUGACGGCAUCCCCAUGCCCACCGCUCCCAUUCCUCAACAACAACAAACUCAGCAGACAUCCUCAACAUCACGCAAACGUCCUUCGUCACCUACGGCAGGAACCUCCACGAUGAUGGCCCCUCCGAUGCCCACUCCGGGCGCGAUCGAAGGUGAUCCCACUAUGAUGCCGCCCGCAGUCGAAGCCACACCCAAGAAGAAGGGUCGCACCAAUACCCCAUGGACGGCAGAGGAGGAGCAACGACUCAAGACCAUGCGCGACGCCGGUCGCAGCUGGAGUGAAAUUGCAAAGACUUUCCCUACGCGCACCGAAGGCAGUGUGAAGAAGCACUGGUACAAGGAUAUGCACUACGCCGAGUUUGGCGAAGAAGAGUCCAUGAAGCUACGUGAUGCGAUCAAGGAAUACGAGGCGAACAAGUGGAAGGUCAUCGGCCAGAAAGUUGGCAAGCCAGCUAAGGCUUGUGAACAAUACGCCAAAGAGCACUUCAAGAACCUAUGA